AUGUGUGGUCACGAUUAUGGCCGCAUGCAGCCGGCCGGCGGGUGUCCCGUAUCAGAUAGGUACAAUUUUGCAUGCGAUUGGCUUGAGAAUAUCGACGAGUUCCUUCAGAAGUUCGAUAAGCGUUUCGUCAACCUCCAGAACCAUGUGAAAGCGAACAUCUCGAUCAUGCUUUGGGGAAUGGUCUGGAAAGGGGGGAGAAGUGACCUCAUCGUGAUGGAGCGCGACGAAGAUGCCCCGAGGCGAGGAUACACUGCGAGAUCUUACCAGAAGGCGCUCCAAGAAGGUCUCCUACCUCAUUACAACGAUACCCGGCAUUUCCAGCAAGAUAACGCAAAGAUUCACGUCUGCAAGGCAACGGAGGAGUGGCUCCAGACGCGGGGGAUUUCGUGGAUCGAAUGGCCUGCACACAGUCCGGAUCUGAAUCCGAUUGAGCACGUUUGGGCAGCUCUGAAGAAAAACCUACGAACGUUAUUCCCAGAGCUAUGGUGCCUGAAGCAGAACUGCGUAGAUAUAGCAAAGUUCAAAGAGUGCUUGCAUACGGCGUGGGAGGCUAUCCCACAGUCGUUCAUCGACAAGCUGAUCGAGGGAAUGCCACGCCGGCUAGCCGCUGUUAAAAAAGCGAGGGGGUGGUAUACAAAAUAUUAA